AAUUAAGAGCCGUUACACCACCUAUUUGCCGAAACAAAGAUGGCGGAGUACGGGACUUCUUUAGAGAAAGCAAUAAAAAGUGAACUGUUUUCGUGGGGGGCAAACAGCUACCGACAACUCUGUUGUGGCCACAAGAAGGAUGUCUCGCUUCCUGAAAACGUUGAUGCAAGUUGCUACCCAGAAAACUUUGUUGUAGCGGCGAUAGAUGGAGGUGGAGGACAUACAGCAAUUAUCACAGACAACCGUGAGCUGUUUAUGUGUGGUUGGAAUAACAAAGGUCAGCUGGGACUUGGUGAUACAGAGAAUAGACAAGUUUUGUGUCAUGUUCAAGGUCUCGGUUGUGUCAAAACAGUUUCAUGUGGAUGGAAUCACACCUUAGCUGUCACUGCUGAUGGAUCUGUGUGGUCUUGGGGAGCAAAUAAGAAGGGACAGCUUGGCAUGGGAAAAACUGAUGGCAAUUGUUCAACUCCUCAACAGGUUCUGUUCUCAGAUGGUCAGCAGAUAACUGAGGUUGUGGCAGGAGCAUACCAUUCAGCAGCAUUAACAA